GCUCGGCCCGGCGACUCCAUCGGCGUACGCCCCCGCCCUGCAGCCGGGGGCUUCGAUGGGAACAACGCAGCAGAGCAUAUCCACCCUCCAGCAGCAGCAGCAGCCCACCGCGGACCUUGUGCCCCAGAUCAAGCGCCAGGACAAGGUGUACAAAACUGGCGGCUUGCCGGUGUGGGCGGCGGUUUUCAUCCCCUGCACCGUCGUGGCACUCGUGGCUCUGCUGCUCUUCGUCGCGCAGCGCCAACGCAAGCACACCGAGCGGCUGACGAGGUCACUGCUGACUGACCCUGCUGCCAACACAAGCCUUAAAGCCAGGACUGACACUGAGGACUCAGAGGCGUAGGAUUGCUGCACAGCGAAAAGGAAGACCCAUUUAGAGCUGCUGUGAGAAUCAGACUUAGCGUUGCUACACAGCAGACUUACGUUCCGCAUGCAUUAGUUGUUCAGUAGUUUUAGUAAUGGCAUCUUUCAGAGUUUUCUGAUUUCCAAGUCUUUGAUUCAGAGACGAUUAUGACAUUGAAGAAUUCCACACUUGACGAUGGGGUACAGACGUAUAAAAUUUGCCAUGAAACUUGUUUUAAUGUGGGUUUGUGGAUUGCAAUUGACAGCGUUAUUCUCUCCAAGGCAGAUGGCUGAUUGAUAAUGCUAAUGUGUCCAUUCACAUGCUUACUUGUGUCUAUAUACCCUAAAAAAUAAAAUGUUACUUUAAGCGCAUAGAUGACAGACAGGAGCUCCUUGACCAUCUGUACGGUAAAUUUACAGCUCGU